ACUUCGCUGUCUGUCAACUCUCUGUCAUCAUCACACAUGGAUGGGCUGUUCAUUUUUCUGGUCAUUCUCUUAGGAGUUGCUUUUUGCAGCCAGGAUCAGACUUCACAAUCAGUAUUGGAGGUGACAGUCACACCAGGAGACAACAUCACUCUCUACUGUGACUGCAAAUCAUCAACUGGAGUAUACAUAGUGUGGUACAGAAACUGCUCUCAUGAGCACCAGUCAACUCUUGUUCUUCAAACAAUAUCGUUUAUAAAGGAAACUGAUCCUCUGAAGUCUAAGUUUCAGUUUUUGAGCAACUCUUCCUCUAAAUCUUUUGACCUGCUGAUCAUGAACAUCACUGAUUCUGAUGAGGGCCUCUACUACUGUGGAACUGAAGAGAUGAAGAUGGAUAAAGGAGAAUACAUCACUCAAAGAAAGAUUUACAGUUAUGGCAACGUAACAAUGAGGAUUAAAUGUGAUACCAGCAAGCCUCAUCACCGUGAGACUAUACAAGUCUGUGAUUUGUGCUGGAUGCUGGUGUAUUCUUUUUCCACAUGUCCAGCGUUUGCUGUUCUCUGCUCUCUCCUCUACUCUCUUCAGAUUUAUCACCUCUGUAAGAAAACAGCUAAAGAACCACAAGUUGAUGAGAGACGAUCUGCAAUCAGAGGUCACACAACGGGAAAUCAGGAUGAAGAUAUGUGUAUGACACAAGUUAUCUUCUGGGCUCAAAAUGGACAAACACACCAGUAGGUGGAGGCUGGACAGAGGUAGGGGAUUUGCAUCAAAUGAGAAGACACCACACAGCGCUAAAGGAGCUCAAAAUUAAACUGCUCACAAUUCAGGUUCACAGUUUACCUUGUCUUUUCCUUUUGUCUUCCUGCUAAACCAACAAACAAAUAUACGUAUUCAUGACUUGAUUGGAGUCCUGUGUUUUGUCAGUCAUCCACUGACUCGCAUCUCAUAUUCUGAGUAUUAUUGAUCAAAUUUAAAAGCAAUUAAUUAUACUAUUUUAUUCAAAAUUCAAAAACUAUUACAUGUACUUUAUGAAGACUUCUGUGUGUUUAUACAUUAAAAAUGCACCCUUGCUUGCUUGCUUGCUUACUGAAUAAUCUUUUUUUAAUGCUGUAUCUUACAAAUAAUUAAAUAGUGUCAAAGCAUAUAUUUCCAGCAUGUAUUUCAGUUUAGCAUUUGUCAGCAUUUGCUUGUCUUGGGGUUAUUCAUGAUAGUUCAUACACAUAAUCUUUUGGUUAACCCCCCUGUUGAAAAAGUAGGCACUGUUGUAUAAAGUUGAAUAAGAUGAUUAAUAUGACUGACAUCAAAAUGGCCAUUUUAACGUCUGGUCAGUCUAAGUAAAUUGUAGUUAAUUGUUAGGGAACACAGAGUUGGUGUGUCCUGCGUGGUCUAACCAAAUGUAAUAUGAAUAACACACCAAUUUCGUGAAGUCAUUUUGCAUCAUGUUAUCACUAGACAUUUUUCACUGUUCGUGUGUCAUAUCAUGCCACGUCAUUUCUCUGAUGAUCUCUGAUCCUAACCCCAAACCAAUGACGUUAAAUGACACGUGAAAAGCUUAAUAUGUGUAAAAAUGACACAUUUCCCCAGAAGUGCUGUGCUGUUUAAAUGCUAUCCAAUGAGAUCAUGUCAGUCCUUGAAGAUCCUCAUUUUAAUAGUUGUAUUUGUUGUAUUUUUUAUUCUACUGUGUGUUUCAUCUGGUGUAAAAUGAAAGAUUCCUUGCUUCUCUGAAAAUUAAUAAAACUGUUUUGUUGGCAAAUCAAAGUGCAAAGAAUGUGGACUGUAUAAUAAAUGAGCAGUAAAUCAGACUAUCUCCAGGUUAAAGACAAUGCAAUGCAACAAAAAGGAUUUUACAGCUGAAUGGUCCAAGCUGAGUUAUUCUGUGCUUCUGUAAUUAAAAUAAUAAAAAAUAAUAAGACAAAAACAUUAACCAUCAAAGUUUUCUUAUCACUGAACAUGAAGGUUAUAUUCUUCAACUCAUAAUCUAUCAGGACUAUGUCUGUUGUUUAAGCUGCAAUUUAACGUUUCAGAUUUUUUAAUAAAGGACUGAAAGAAUUUACAUGCUGGCAAUUUUUAGGAUUUUUUAAAUUGUAGAACAAUGCACAGGAUUUCCAAAGUUUCCUCUAGUUUAUUUUCUCUUUCACCAGUUGUUAAUAAAUCAGCAGAUAACAGCCCAUGAA